GCGUAUCUGGUUUACUUCCUGGACCAAUGGUGGCCGCCAUCCUCUGCUAGACCGAAAGCCCAGCCUCCUCGAGUAGCUGGUGCAGUUUGAUAACACGGACCAGGCAGGACUGGAUAGCUACAGGAUUUCAGUGUUUGCAGCGAUACUAGAUACUUUGUUUAAUAGCAUGAUUCGUGUACGAGCAUCGUAGCUAGCUGAAACGCGAUAGCUCCAAGGCGCUCUUUUGGCAAGUCGCCUGUUUUAACCCAUCUAUUGUUGCGCGCGUCUGCCAGCGUUUUGAUUACAGUGAGUAGGAAGGAAGAAAACGCACACACCCCUCCGCUCUUAUGGUAGUGACUAGAGGGAGGCUCGGGAAAAAGAAAGAAUAGGUAGAGAGAUCUCGAUUGUUGUCUUUUGGAAAGUUGAAUCUACUUCCGAGGAUAAAGGUUGGUCAUCCCAAUGGCGUCAAUUUCGAAGGUGUCCAUUCUGGAUUACUUCAACAUCGUGUUCGAGGGGGAGAACGGCAAGAUCGAGUCCAACUGUAAAGCAUGCGGCACCAGGAUACAGGCGAAGAGGAGCGUCACAUCCAACUUCGUCACACAUCUCAAGAGGAAGCACCAGGCGAUGUACGAUGAGUUUGUAAAGAAGAAGGAUAUGAAGCGAGAAGCAUACUCCUCAUCUUCCUCCUCCCUCAAUCCCUACUCCUCAUCCUCCCUUCACAGCCUGGCCAACGGAGGAGGCCAUCGCUGCAAUCACUCCACCGCUGGGGGGGUGGGAGGAGGGGGAGGAAGAGAGGGAGCAGGAGAAGGGGUGACGAAGUUCCACAGACACGACCCUCGCCAGGUGCUCAUCUCGGAGGCGAUAGCGAAGAUGCUGGUCCAGGACCUCCAGCCUGCCUCCCUGGUGGAUCUCAGAGGAUUCAGAGAGUUACUGCAGCUGUUAGAGCCUCGCUAUACCCCCGAGCCCCCCAGAUACCUCCACACCCAGCUCCUCCCAGCCUACGCCUACCAGGCCCAGCUGGCCACCAGACAGGCCCUGGCCUCAGCCCUCUCUCUCAGCCUCUCUGUCUCCCUCUGGAGGGGUUUCCUUGGGACCGCAGCAGGGGUUAACACUGGGUACCUGGGGGUGACCUGCCACUUCCUGUCGUCUGAUUGGCAGAUGCGUUCCGCCCUGCUGGCCUGCCUGCCUCUGGUUGGUGGGCUCUCGGCCAAUCGCGUGCUAGCAGAGUUCGAGGAGGUGUGUGUGGCGCACGGCGUUUCGGGCCGAGCGUUCCGUGUCGUGGCUGACCCAUUUCCCGCUGAAACUCACCCCUCAUGCCGCCUACCAGGGUUCUGUAUCCACGGCAACCCGGGAGAUGAUGCCGACGAGGAAGAGGAGGAGAGUGGGGAUGAAGGAGGAGAGAGGGAAGGAGAGGUAGAACAGGAGGACUGGUGGGAGGGAGGUCUGGGGUCUGGCAGGAUAGACUGUUUCUGUUGUUCUCUGGGUCAGUGUGUGAGAGAUGGACUGCUCUCCUCCUCUCCUCUCCUCUCCUCCACCCUGGCUAAAGCCUCAUCCUUCUAUAACUAUGUCACCUCCGCCGUGCCACACGACAAACUGGUGGGCCUGUUGGGAGGUGGGUUGGGGGGGGCGGGGAGCAGCAGGGCUGGAGAGCGAGACUGGGCCGUACAACUCAAGGUGUUGCGUGGUCUUCUGGACUCAGCAGAGUUCUUGGAGGAUGUGUCUGACCGGGCUGACCUUGUGCUGAGUGGCCAGGAGGUGGCGCUGCUCAGAGAACUGACAGACACACUGGAACCCUUUACUGAGGCCUGGGACAUGGUGCACACACACAGACAGGGUGACAGACAUGUCUCCAUCAGUCUGGCUCUGCCCUGUGUCCUGGGGCUCCGUAAGCACCUGUCAGAGUGCGUCUCCCCCCAGCUACCCUGCCUGCUGCUGGGCUUGUCUCAAGCCGUAGAGCACCGCCUGGCUCCCAUCCUGGAGGACCCUCUGUACGUCACCGCCACCACCCUGGACCCACAGUUCAAACUCACCUGGAGCUCAGACCCUGACUGGCACAGACAGGUCCUCCUGGACGAGGUCACCAAACACACACAAACACAGGGCCCCAGCAUGGAGCUCACCCCCCAGGCCCAGUCCCCUGUCGCAGCUUUGUCCCCAGCCUCGUCCCCUCUUCCCUCCUCCACUUCGCUCAGCAGGCCCUGCAAGCUGUUCUCCUUCAUCAAGCAAAGGCCCACGGCGCAGGCAAAGAGCGUGGAGCAGGAGCUGGCAGGGUACCUGCGUGAGGAGCCCACUGAGGAGGAGCCUCUCCACUACUGGAGACGAAAGACUAUAGACUUCCCUCAGCUCAGCCAGGUGGCCAAGCGGGCGUUUACUGUGCCGGCUGGGACCUCCACCGUGGAGACCAUCUUUACCUCGGCCAGACACUGGCUCCAACCCGGCAGAGGCAGGGCUCUCCCCAAAAACCUUGAGACACUCAUCUAUCUCAAAACCAACUAUAGGUUACUGUGGACUUAAUGGAUCAGCCCUACACCCGAGGCACUAACACAGCUACAGAGGCACUAACACAGCUACAGAGACACAAACACAGCUACAGGCUGGUAAUGUUGUCCAUGUAACCCGAUGGAGACUCAAAAACUUGAAGACCAAUUACAGACUACUGUGGACUUCGAUACAGACCGCUAUGGACCCAAACACUAUAGUCCAAUUAGCCUACAGGUUUCAGACCUAAACACUAUAGUCCAAUUAGCCUACAGGUUUCAGACCUACACACUAUAAUCCAUGAAGCCUACAGGUUUCAGACCUAAACACUAUAAUCCAAUUAGCCUACAGGUUUCAGACCUAAACACUAUAGUCCAAUUAGCCUACAGGUUUCAGACCUAAACACUAUAGUCCAAUUAGCCUACAGGUUUCAGAACUAAACACUAUAAUCCAAUUAGCCUACAGGUUUCAGACCUAAACACUAUAGUCCAAUUAGCCUACAGGUUUCAGACCUACACACUAUAAUCCAUGAAGCCUACAGGUUUCAGACCUAAACACUAUAAUCCAAUUAGCCUACAGGUUUCAGAACUAAACACUAUAAUCCAUGAAGCCUACAGGCUUCAGACCUAAACACUAUAAUCCAAUUAGCCUACAGGUUUCAGACCUAAACACUAUAAUCCAAUUAGCCUACAGGUUUCAGACCUACACACUAUAAUCCAAUUAGCCUACAGGUUUCAGACCUAAACACUAUAGUCCAAUUAGCCUACAGGUUUCAGACCUAAACACUAUAGUCCAAUUAGCCUACAGGUUUCAGACCUAAACACUAUAAUCCAUGAAGCCUACAGGUUUCAGACCUAAACACUAUAGUCCAUGAAGCCUACAGGUUUCAGACCUAAACACUAUAGUCCAAUUAGCCUACAGGUUUCAGACCUAAACACUAUAGUCCAUGAAGCCUACAGGUUUCAGACCUAAACACUAUAGUCCAAUUAGCCUACAGGUUUCAGAACUAAACACUAUAGUCCAUGAAGCCUACAGGUUUCAGACCUAAACACUAUAGUCCAAUUAGCCUACAGGUUUCAGACCUAAACACUAUAGUCCAAUUAGCCUACAGGUUUCAGAACUAAACACUAUAAUCCAUGAAGCCUACAGGUUUCAGAACUAAACACUAUAGUCCAUGAAGCCUACAGGUUUCAGACCUAAACACUAUAGUCCAAUUAGCCUACAGGUUUCAGACCUACACACUAUAGUCCAAUUAGCCUACAGGUUUCAGAACUAAACACUAUAAUCCAUGAAGCCUACAGGUUUCAGAACUAAACACUAUAGUCCAUGAAGCCUACAGGUUUCAGAACUAAACACUAUAAUCCAUGAAGCCUACAGGUUUCAGACCUACACACUAUAGUCCAAUUAGCCUACAGGUUUCAGACCUACACACUAUAGUCCAAUUAGCCUACAGGUUUCAGACCUACACACUAUAGUCCAUGAAGCCUACAGGUUUCAGACCUACACACUAUAGUCCAUGAAGCCUACAGGUUUCAGACCUAAACACUAUAGUCCAAUUAGCCUACAGGUUUCAGACCUACACACUAUAGUCCAAUUAGCCUACAGGUUUCAGACCUACACACUAUAGUCCAUGAAGCCUACAGGUUUCAGACCUAAACACUAUAGUCCAAUUAGCCUACAGGUUUCAGACCUACAGUGCCUUUUGCAAAAGUAUUCACCCCCCUUGGUGAUUUGCCUACUUUGUUGUAAUUUUAACAGAUUUUUAUUUGGAUUUCAUGUAAUAGACAUACACAAAAUAGUACAAAUUGGUGAAGUGAAAUGAAGAAAAUUACUUGUUUAAAAGAAUUCAAUAAAAUUACAAACUGAAAAGUGGUGCGUGUAUAUGUUUUCACCCCCUUUGCUAUGAAGACCCUAAAUAUGAACUGGUGCAACCAAUUACCUCCAGAAGUCACAUAAUUAGUUAGAUUGUACACAGGUGGACUUUAUUUAAGUCACAUGAUCUCAGUAUAUAUACACCUGUUCUGAAAGGCCCCAGAGUCUGCAGCACCACCAAGCAAGCGGUACCAUGAAGACCAAGGAGCUCUCCAAACAGGUCAGGGACAGUUGUGGAGAAGUACAGAUCAGCGUUGGGUUAUAAAAAAAUAUCGGAAACUUUGAACAGCGCACCAUUAAAUCCAUUAUUAGAAAAUGGAAAGAAUAUGGCACCACAACUCACAGACCAGGCAAGGAGGGCAUUAAUCAGAGAGGCAACAAAGAGACCAAAGAUAACCCUGAAGGAGCUGCAAAGCUCCACAGCGGAGAUUGGAGUAUCUGUCCAUAGGACCACUUUAAGCUGUACACUCCACAGAGCUAGACUUUACGGAAGAGUGGCCAGAAGAAAGCCAUUGCUUAAAGAAAAAAAAUAAGCAAACACGUUUGGUGUUUGCCAAAAGGCAUGUGGGAGACUCCCCAAACAUAUGGAAGAAGGUACUCUGGUCAGAUGAGACUAAAAUUGAGCUUUUUGGCCAUCAAGGAAAACGCUAUGACUGGCACAAACCCAACACCUCUCAUCACCCCGAGAACACCAUCCCCACAGUGACGCAUGGUGGUGGCAGCAUCAUGCUGUGGGGAUGUUUUUCAUCGGCAGGGACUUUGAAACUGGUCAGAAUUGAAGGAAUGAUGGAUGGCGCUAAAUACAGGGAAGUUCUUGAGGGAAACCUGUUUGUCUUCCAGAUAUUUGAGACUGGGACGGAGGUUCACCUUCCAGCUGGACAAUGACACUAAGUACACUGCUAAAGCAACACUUGAGUGGUUUAAGGGGAAACAUUUAAAUAUCUUGGAAUAGCCUAGUCAAAACCCAGACCUCAAUCCAAUUGAGAAUCUGUGGUUCGACUUAAAGAUUGCUGUACACCAGCAGAACCCCUCCAACUUGAAGAAGCUGGAGCAGUUUUGCCUUGACGAAUGGACAAAAAUUACAGUGGCUAGAUGUGCCAAGCUUAUAGAGACAUAUUCCAAGAGACUUGCAGCUGUAAUUGCUGUUAAAGGUGGCUCUACAAAGUAUUGACUUGGGGGGGUGAAUAGUUAUGCACGCUCAAGUUUUCUGUUUUCUUGUCUUAUUUCUUGUUUGAUAAAUAUGUUGCAUCUUCAAAGUGAUUGGCAGGUGUGUAAAUCAAAUUAUACAAACCCCCUGAAAAUCCAUUUUCAUUCCAGGUUGUAUGGCAACAAAAUAGGAAAAAUGCCAAGGGGGGUGAAUAAUUUCGCAAGCCACUGUAAACACUAUAGUUCAUAAAGCCUACAGGUUUCAGACUGCUAUGGACGUAAACACUAUAAUCCAUGUUCCCUACAGGUUUCAGACCUGAACACUAUAGUCAAUAUAGUCCAUGUUCCCUACAGGUUUCAGACCUGAACACUAUAGUACAUUUAGCCUACAGGUUUCAGACUGCUUUGUACCUAAACACUGUACCCAGCUGACAACGAACAUUCCCACAACUUUAGAAAACGAGUCUCAUUAGGUCAUUAAAUCAUGUUUUUCAUACGAAUGUUCCUGUGAUGUGCAAGGAAUGUUUUCAAAAGACAAUUCAUUUUAAUGUCCAAUAGAACGUGGUUAGAACUUAAUAUUUCCCCAAUUGUUUUAUUUAUUACACAUCAAGGCCCUGCUUGGUGAACCACUGAUCCACUCAUAGCUAUUUGUCUGUUGUCAAGGAGACUCACACACACACACAGUGCUUUUAACAUACUGUUUUCAACAAACAUAUUUGACACAUUUUGACAAACGUGAUUACAUAGUGCAUGUUCAUUUUUUACAUUAUUAUUCUCACCUGGGAUUUGAACUCACAACCUCUUGGUUCAUCGUACUCUGAUCUUCCUGCUUCGCCUCCAUGUUGGGUCUCAGUUAAUCUGACUAUUCUCCCAUAAUUUAUUUGAUAUACUUAUUUCAGCAAUUUAAUGGCUUUCUGUAUAAUUGUCUAACUUUGGGUCAUUUUAACCUGUAUUAAAUGAUACUCCUGAAACACUAGUAUGAUUAUUAAAAUAUUUUCUCGAGUGUAUUUUCAACAGAGCUGAGAUUCCACCUAUCAGGUUGUUUCAGAUCAAAUGCCUAGGGAGGAGGGGUUAAGGUUUCUUCAGGACAGGGCUAUACUGGCCCAAUAAGUACAUGUCCUAGAGAUGUCCCUUACUGGGGUAGUGGUUAGGACUUUCAUCAUUGGUGCUGGUGGCCUGGGUUUGAGACCCUCUAAUAGCAGUUAUAUAUUGUUACAACACACCUCUCUGAUGAGUUUCUCAUUGAAAAGCGAGUCCUUCAGCACCAACUAUGACUGAUUUUCCUUUACCUCCUGUUUAGUAUUCAUUCUAUAAAAAUGAGCAUCAUGGUUUUCUGGAAAUCUACUAUAUCAUUCAAGUUCUAAAAUGGAUGCAGCAACUGCAGAUGUCUCCUUUAACAAAGUAUUUCUGUGACUGGUCCCAAGUUAUUCUGUUGCAGUGUGUAUUUAUCCACAUUAACACUUGGAGACGGAACUCCGUUGUUUUGGUAUAACUGACAUCAUCGUUGCUUAAAUGGUCAAUUUGAGAAAGUAAAGACAUGCGGCUGUAAAUCUAGAAUAUGAAAAUGACAUGAACGUAUAUUGCUAAGAAUGUGACAGUAGCCCCUCCUCACUAGAUCUGAAACAACUUAAUAGGUGGAAGCAAUAGGGUGAAUGAACAUCUCAGCUGUGUUAAAACUACACUCAAUAAAUGCUUUUAUUGAUCAAAGUGAUUCAGGAGUAUUAUUAAAACAGACUCAUAUGCCUCACCAACAUUGAACAACUAUACACAAAAGCCCUUCAGUUAAUCAAGUCAAGGAUGAGAGCUAUAUGGUUAAGAGGAUUCUGAGAUAAUUGUCUUUUAAAGUUUCUAACCCUCAUUGGUGUCAGCCAGUUUUAUCUUGUAUUCUUUUGAAUUUCGCAACAUGAAUUCGAGUACUAUAUGCACUGAACUAAAAUAUAAACGCAACAUGUAAAGUAUUGGUCCCAUGUUACAUGAGAUUAAAUAAAAUAUCCCAGAAAUCUUC